GCACCGGGCUCACUGAUUUUUUUUCAUGCGGAACCGAUGGUGUAAUUGGUGAGGUUUUGCAACCCGUUACGCACUAUCACUCAGCCGGAGGCAUGCAGCAGGAACGCUUGCUCAAAGUUUUGGUCAUCGGGGACCUGGGAGUCGGGAAGACGUCCAUAAUAAAGCGCUACGUCCACCAGAUCUUCUCCCAGCACUACCGAGCCACCAUCGGAGUUGACUUCGCCCUCAAAGUGCUCAAUUGGGAUCACAAGACGGUGGUGCGUCUGCAGCUGUGGGACAUUGCCGGUCAGGAACGCUAUGGCAACAUGACCCGGGUGUACUACAGGGAGGCGGUGGGGGCGCUGGUCGUCUUCGACAUGACCCGACUCUCCACGUUUCAGGCCGUCCUCAAGUGGAAGGGAGACCUGGACUCCAAGGUCGCCCUGGGCAACGGGAGGCCGGUUCCAGCCGUUCUGCUGGCCAACAAGUGCGACCAGCAGCGUCAGGGUUUGUGCUCCAAGCUGCCCAAAAUGGAAAACUUCUCCAGAGAGCACGGCUUCGUCGGCUGGUACGAGACCUCGGCCAAGGACAACACCAACAUCGACGCGGCCAUCAUGUGCCUGGUGCAGAACAUCAUGUCGGUGGAGGAGGAACGAGCCUUGAGCGCCGCCGCCAAGAGCGAGCCGGACCCCGGCGUCCUGGUGCUGCCUCGCUUCGACUACAACGUGAAGGAGAAGGGACUGACCGGGUGCUCGGGAUGCCCCACCCACAAACCCAGAGACAGAGAAUGACUGGAGGAGGGGCGGAGCCUAACGGAGACGGCAGGAAGAGACGGGGCGGAAAGCUGGGAAAGAAAAGAGAGGAAGAAGAUUGCUUUUAUUGAAUUAUUUAUAUGUAGUAAUAUAAAUUUGCACUCGCUCCCUUGUCACACAGCUGCACAAGUAGUGCUGAAAUGAACAGUCAAUGAAUCAUUUCCAGUUUUGGUGAAUU